UGGAGUUCGUUUGCAACAAUCAUGUCUUCCUCUAAUCCCGUUCCAGUUCCCGACAAGCCAAAUAGCCAGGACAGUCUAGAACAAUCCAACCCGUUCGCAGACUCCUCUCCAAAAUCCAACUCAUCAUUGCCCAAAGCCAAACUCUCUGCUUUCGCUCGCUUCAAAACGUUUACUACGAGUGGACUUAAAUCUACACCGGAUCCGCCCUUUCCUCCGGCUACUUGGGAAUUGUCUGGGUCACCACUUAGCGGCUCAGGCUCAUCUGAUUGGAAUCAGAAGGCCGAACAAUACAAGGCUGUAUUGGAAAAGUGGAGAGAGGAAGUGAAAGCAAUCACGCUAAGGGAGCGAGUUGAGAAGAAAAAUGAUUCAGACUCAACACAAGCACCACGAGAAGGCAGCGGAUCUGCAGAAGUUGAUGGAAGCGGAGAUCAGGAUGUGCAGGAUGCACCAGAUACACGCACUCUUGCCAUGAAAAUCAAAGCACUGAUUGACGAAAAGUUUACCUUCUCAGGAGGAAAGACAACUCAGAGUGCUCCCCCAACACCGGGUCUAGUGACUGAUUCACCUUUCAUCCCCAUUUCCGUUGAAUCACACAACACCAAUUCUUCUGUUCCUAGUACUCCACCUGCCGGAGGAACACCUAGCACGACUUCCGGCUCGAUGUUCGGUAGCCUCGACGCGACGCUUGCCAGAUUCCUUUCCUCGGAAUCCAUCAUGAAUGGCGAAGUCGGCAAAGGACUCGAGAAAGGACGUGAAAGUGUAUGGGCCAUGCUUGACAAGCUGGGAGCAAUAGCUGGCGCCACAGAUCCUGUUGAUAGCAAAAGUUCCGUUGACAAGGGUAAGGGAAGGGCAACAGAACCCAGUGAACCUUUGAUGGCCGCUGAAGGAGAAGAGGAAAGUAUCAUGAUAUGUACUCCUCUGCAGCCCACAAAAGAUCUCGAACCAGAAAUCGCCGAAUCGGAGAUCGAAUACGUCGAGGACGAGCAGAUGCUGGCAGGAGAUGGACUACAAACAACAGAACCCGUUGUUGAAUCCGAUACAUCAGCUGCAUCUCUUAAACCUGCUCCAAAGCCUGCACCCAAGACUAAAUCCAGACGAACAUUCUAUCCCUCCUCUACGAAGCUCUCCCUCGAAGUUACUUGGUGGGGAUAUCGGCUCUUCCUCCCUCCUCCCAUUCUCGCCCAACUAUCUUCUGCACAUAUUGCUGCUGCUAAACGUGGGGCGAUGAUUACUGCAGCCCUCAAAUGGCUCAUCGAUCAAGUUCCCUUAAUGGUUGUCCCCCCGCAGAUGCGCGCAAGUGUACUGAUGCUCAAACGGGUGUCACCGUAUCUAGGGUACGUCGGGGCAUUUGUUGCGUGGUCAUGGGGCCGAAUACAGAUGAAGGACCAGGGGAAUGGUGUAGUCUUGACUGCUACGUGGUUGCUACCUAUCGCGAUCUUGCCUGCUGCUUGGGAUUUCGAGGUCCAUGGUCGUCCAAGGGACGCUGAACACGGUGUAGCCCACGUAGCAACCGCUGACGCUGCUACACGCAGCGAUAUACCUACAGGCACUUCUACGCCAAUCGAUACGGAUAAUCGGACCUUCGGCGAGGGCGCUGGAGUAAAGCCGACUACCCCUUCCGCCGAUAGACCGAGUUUCUUGUCUUCGGCUACUCAUCGGUGGAACACUCUAAGGAGGGCUACAACUAACAAGGAGAAACCCGAAUAGAUACAUGGUUACAGCCUAACAUCAGCCUGAAGAUUCUUUGUUUUUUGAUUUCAUGUAAAGUGACGGAAUUUGGAUAUGUACAUACUUCCUAUGCGUAGUAUACCUCCUGGACGAUAUCGAUAUUCAGACAUGUAUGUACAUUCAUAUACUGUAUCUUAUUGUUGAGGUUUCAAAGUCAAGGUGAAACCCUUGGGGAACUUCUGUGUACAAAACAAGUAGAAAGCAUUACGAUAUACUGUACAUGUCAUAAAAAUACAGAGAGGAAGAUG